GAGAAAACACACAGAGAUAGGAACAGAUCCACUCUUGGAAUACGCAGGAACAAAAAGAGACGAAAGGAGAAGGCGUCAACAAAGUGGCAAACUUGUGCCUAUCUUAAAAUGGGUGUUUACGGGGUUUUGUGUCUCUUUUUGGCAGUUCAUCUAGACCUGGUGACCAGCAACCUGACCAAGAAGAUAAAGGUUAUCGAUGGCUUCGUGAGUAGCAAGAACAAUCUCGUGGACAUCAACGAGGUGCUUCUCUUCCGGAUCGGCACCAGACAGAUCGACUUCACCAUCAACGUUCAAGAACAGGAUCCCAGCCUUCAAAACUGUUCGGGAAGACGAAGUUGUUCCAAUGCUUACAUUGAUGGAUCCAGUUUAAAAGGCAAGACAUUUCAACGCGAGUUCCUAUUCUGCGGCCAAUAUGGUUUGAAAACAGUCCAUUGGCUAUUCAAGUCGGACUUUAUGAUUAACUUCAACAUUGACUGUGCACACAUCACUUACAGUUUUCAAGUCCGUGGCAACGAGGUGAAAGACAAUUCUACAAGAAAACUCCAUGAGUACAAAACCAGAAGUCAAUGUGCGGAUGAGGGCAAGAUCGUUUGCCAAAGCUCUAGGAAAUGCUCUGAGACCACAUCCUCAACCCACUGUAACACCACCAUAUAUGGUUGCUUGGAUCCGUCAAGAGCUUGUGAUUCUGUGCAUGAUUGCAAAAAUGAGGACGAUUCAGACGAGCAGAACUGUUCCCAAUUUUUCCGGGGAGGAAUUCUUCUAGUUCUCAUCUUGUGCACAGGAGGCAUAAGCACAUUAUUCAUUUGCAAGCACCAAUGGUCUUUAAAGGAGUUCAAUAUGAUUGCCCUCAAAAAUGAUAUCAUCAAAAGGAAAGACGCCAUCAAGAUCAAAAACAAUAUUGCUUCAAAGAAGUGAUUCUAAGACUACAUGGAUAACAAAUGAUAUUUAGUGUGUCACUUCUACGUAGUUUGUCUAGGAUGCCAAAACAAGGAUUUCCUUCAUUGUAGACGGAUGUCAUCAUUAAAUAUACUUGAAAUAAAUCGGCAAACCUA